CUCAGCCCCUCUGAAGGACACGCCAGGGUCUCCGGCUUGGCCUCCUACCCUGCGCAGCGCAGCGGACGCCGCAUGGAUGGAGGGCAGGCGAGGCGCCUUCUUCUGCUGCUGCUCCUCCGCCGGGUUUAAACCGAGAGGCGGCAGCCGGUUUGGGCGGCUCGGGGAGCUGGGCCGGAUCGCGGGAGGAAGGAGGAAGGAAACGGGGAGCAACGGCCCCCAGGCGCCCCUCUAAACCCGGCUUCGGGGGCACCUGCGCUCGUCUGCCCGACUUUCCCGCAGGCGCGCGGAAAAGGAAAAAAAAGGGGGUGAUCCUUCGUGCUGCCCCCCCGACAGGCUGAUGGGGACCCCACCUCCUCUCCGGCCCCCCGACUUUCCUGGAGCUCGGUAGCUGAGAGAGGCGAGGAAGAGGAGGAGGAGGAGGAAGAGGAGGAAAGGAGGAGGAGGGUCACCCUUUCCUUGACCCGCGAGGUUGCCAGCGUCCCCCAGCCCCGCUCCCUCUCCGCCGCCCCCCAGCCCCUCCGGAUGGGGCAGGCAUGGCCGCGUUAGCCAGCUCCUUGAUCCGGCAGAAACGGGAGAUCCGCGAUCCGGUGGCCAGCCGCCCCAUCUCCACCCAGCGGAAGGUCUGCCCGCGAGGGACCAAAUCCUUAUGCCAGAAACAGCUUUUAAUCCUAAUCUCCAAAGUCCGGCUGUGCGGGGGUAGAAAAGGCCGGCUGGAGAAGCCCCCAGACCCGCAGCUGAAGGGCAUCAUCACCAAACUCUUCUGCCGGCACGGCUACUACCUGCAGGCGCAUCCGGACGGCAGCAUCGAGGGCACGCGGGAAGACGGCAGCGGGUUCACCUUCUUCAACCUGAUUCCGGUGGGGCUCCGAGUCGUGGCCAUUCAGAGUACGACGUCUGGACAGUAUGUCGCCAUGAACGCCGAGGGCUACCUCUACAGCUCCGCUCACUUCACCGCCGAGUGCCGUUUCAAGGAAUGCGUCUUUGAGAAUUACUACGUCACUUACUCCUCCACCCUCUACCGGCAACGGGAAUCGGGACGCUCCUGGUACCUGGGCAUCAACCGAGAAGGGCAAGUGAUGAAGGGAAACCGAGUCAAGAAGACCAAGGCCUCAGCCCACUUCCUGCCCAAACUGCUGGAAGUGGCUUUGUAUCGGGAGCCUUCCCUGCACAACCUCUUCGAGCAGGCCCUGGCCAAGAAAGGCGAGGAGGGCGAUGGGCCCCCCCGGAAGGAAGCGGCCGCCACGUAGUCCUGAGGAUGGGGUGGGGGCUGCCUCUCCUCCUCCAGCUCCUCCCCUUGCCAGCCCCUCCGAAACACACCUUCAGACGCCUCUUCCACUCCGUUCUCAGGGUGGCUCCCCCACCCGAUCAGCCCCCCUGGCAUUCCUGACUUGCAAAGGAUCAGCUCAGGAGAUCUGCUGACAGAGGGAGGGGGGGUGUUUUCCCCUUCUGGGGCAAAGAGAGACGCUGCCCGUCCCCAGGUGCAGAAGGACGAACCCACCACCAGAAUCUCCUGUCCCAAGCUAUGGGGCCAAGACGGGGCCCAGCUCUCUGGGAGAGACCCCCUGGCCCUGCAAAGGGGCUGACACCUCCGUCCCACAACUCUGACAGACCCACGGCUCUUUCUCCAGCUGCUGGGAUUCCCGGCGCCUGGCACAGGGGCAUCCUUCUUCCUAUGGCAACCAGAGACGAUCCUAGUCUUCCACGCAAAACGAGACCCAGGGGCUUAUGGUGCUUCCCUCCCUCAGGCCGCGAGCGCAACUUCCGAAAAGCAUCUCCAGAAGCAUAGAACAGAGAAAAGGAAAUAUAUAUAUAUAUAUUCUCUAUUUUUUUUUUAAACGCCAGGGCAAAGCAACACUUUCUGCCCACGACAGAGGAAAUCUUCUGUUUCUUGAAGGGUUCUUUUUAUUUCUUCCUUGGUUUUUGUUUUUAAUCUGUACUCUGCUCAGCCCCUGGCUGGUGACCUUGUCCUCUUCUCUCUCUCUCUCCAACCAUUGCCAAAUUAUCUACUGUUUCACGGCUGACCUCAGGGAGGAGACCGGAUUUGACAGCAGCAGAAAAGCAGAGGGGAGGGGGGGUUUCUUUUUCCAUCAGCUCAGGGAGCCGGAGACCCUCCAUCACCGGGACGUGAGGUCACCUUCCUCUUCCCCCCCCCCCCCCCAAUUUCUCCCCCCUGCUGUUCUAACAGUGCAGCUUAAAAACAAGGGGGGGGGAGGAGGAAAUGGGUGGAUUUUUUUUCCCCUUCUUCUUCUUCCACCGAAGAUAAUCCUGCUUUCUUGCAAAUUUUGACUACGUGCCAAUCAAAGGACCUCGGAAUCAAUCCAAAGGGUUGACUUUUUUGGGGGGGGGAAUCAAAAUGAGAAGGGAAGGAAUUUGGAUCCCUUCUGACAGCCAGAAAAAGCCAAACUGAGGACCGGAGGCUCCUUUUUUUUUUUUCGCCUGCUGGAGAGACUGUGGCCGCCCCCUCUCCCCCUCCCCACCGCUCGCGACCACCUCUCUCCGGCCGCAUCCCCGUCCUUGAAGCGAGACCGCGGGAGAAGUGCAGUACCUUAUUUUGGCCACCGAGUGGCAGCACUCUCGUCCCGGCGCUGGGCUGCGGGGAAUCGCUCGCUUUGCCAUCUCGCGGUGUGAAUUGGAGAGGGGGGGCG